AUGGACGCACCUAUAAGUGAGACAGAAACGUUUACUGUCGAUGAGAAGACCAAACAAAGCAUUCCACUAUACCACCCCAGCCAGCCCUCCAAGACCAAGGUAUCUUACCACUAUAACCCAGAGGUAGCCAAUUAUCACUAUGGUACACUACAUCCAAUGAAACCUUUUCGACUAAUGUUAACUGACCAUUUGGUAAGUACAUACAAGUUGUACGAGAAGAUGGACUUGUACACGCCAAGAAGAGCGACAAAGGAGGAAUUGUUACAAUUUCAUUCCGAAGAUUACAUCGAUUUCCUUCAGUCAGUGACUCCCGAAACAGUCAAGGCCCUAAGUGACCAGACUUUGGCCAAAUUCAACAUAGGAGACGACUGCCCUGUUUUUGAUGGAAUGUUUGACUACUCAUCCAUCUAUGCUGGGGCGUCAUUAGAUGCUUCGAGGAAAAUCAUUGCUGGGAUGGCGGAUAUCGCGAUAAAUUGGUCUGGAGGACUACAUCAUGCCAAGAAGUUUGAGCCAAGUGGAUUCUGCUAUGUAAAUGAUAUAGUCUUGUGUAUCAUCAAUCUUUUGAGAAUACACCCGAGAGUGUUGUACGUGGAUAUUGAUUUACACCACGGAGAUGGAGUGCAAGAGGCAUUUUACACAACAGAUAGAGUGAUGACGGUUAGUUUCCACAAGUACGACGGCGAGUUUUUCCCUGGUACAGGCUCAAGCGACGAAGCGGGGAUAGGAAAGGGCAAGAAUUUUUCCAUCAAUGUUCCCUUGCGGGAUGGGAUUGAUGACGAAUCGUAUGUGGCAUUGUUUAAGCUGAUUAUGCAAGUACUAAUACCCAAGUUCCAGCCUUCCAUUAUUGUUGCACAGUGCGGAGCUGAUUCGUUGGGUGGUGACCGUUUAGGACGAUUCAACUUGUCGAUAAAAGGACAUGGAAGUUGCCUAAAUUUUUUAAAAAGUUUUCAAAUCCCGAUGGUGGUGUUGGGAGGAGGUGGUUAUACUCCCAAGAAUGUUUCAAGAUUGUGGUGCUACGAAACGUCAGUUUUGACUGAUACCACAUUGAAUGGAAAGAUACCUUACCAAGGAGGCACCGCUGAAUGGUUUGGAGAAGAGGGAUUACAUCCUGAAUUGACGGGGAAAAUCGAAAACAAGAAUACAAAAAGGUACUUGGAAAGUGUUCUCCAGAACAGUCUCGAACAUCUCCGGUUCUUGGAUUAUGCACCUUCUGUCCAAAUGUACGAAAUUCCACCCGACCUUUAA